AUGCCGUCCCUCUCGAUCCUCCGACGCGGUUCCAGGUCGCAGGCGCAGCGAGGCGGAACGAACGCAGCAAGAGGUGACCUGCCAGUCGACAGUGCCAGCACGGCACCAGCCUCUCCGGACAGCAACAAUGAUGGCGAGAGCGGUAGCGAGCGUGAGAGACGCGGCACCAAGCGGGAGAUCAUCCAGGACUUCUUGAACCGAACCAGAGGACGAGCCGGGCCGGGAUCCAGCGCUUCGUCCCAGGGCCAGACGCAAGCACGACCAAAAACGGCAGCAGCACAGACGCCGACGCCGACGCCGACGCAGACGCAGACGCAGACUUCGAUACAGACUUCGACGACACAGGCACCAUCAUCCGGCGGCCCAACCAAGGCGUCGGGAAGUGGCGGCCGGCGCGGCCACGGAAGUAAAGGAAAUGGCAGUAGCAGUCGAAGUGGGGAGAAACAGAGGAAGGCUCGACCCACCGUAGAGCAACCUGCCGGCCCUACGGGCCCCAGUGGAGCCCCGCACUGCCAUGCUGGGUAG